GAAUGCCACAUUUAGAAAGUGAUAUAAAACUAGAUUUUAAAGAUGUGUUAAUUAGACCAAAACGAAGUACAAUCAAAUCAAGGGCUGAUGUUGAUAUAACAAGACAACACGUAUUUCGUUAUUCAAAGAAAACGUUUCCCAAUGAUGUAGUUCCCAUAAUUGCAGCUAAUAUGGAUACUAUUGGUACUUUUGAAAUGGCAAAGGUUUUAUCGAAGUUUCAACUCCUUACUUGCAUAGAUAAGCAUUAUACCAUCGACGAAUGGUUUACUUUUGCCAAAGAACAUCCGGACGUUUUGCCUUAUGUAAUAUAUACAUGCGGAAUUUCAGAAAACGAUGAAAAGAAAAUAUAUGAAAUUUUAGUAGCUAUUCCUCAGAUUAAUGCCUUAUGUUUAGAUGUUGCCAAUGGUUACUCAGAAUAUUUUGUUCAGUUUGUUAAGAAAAUGAGAUCUUUAUUUCCAGAGCAUAUAAUUAUGGCAGGUAAUGUUGUAACCGGUGAAAUGGUUGAGCAGUUGUUACUAGAAGGUGCAGAUAUCAUAAAAGUAGGUAUUGGUCCGGGCUCUGUUUGUACAACACGUAAAAAGACCGGAGUUGGAUAUCCUCAACUUAGUGCGGUAUUAGAGUGUGCUGAUGCUGCGCAUGGUUUAAAUGGACAUAUUGUAGCUGAUGGAGGGUGUACUUGUCCGGGAGAUAUUGCAAAGGCAUUUGGUGCUGGUGCUGAUUUUGUAAUGUUAGGAGGAAUGCUGGCUGGCCAUGAAGAAUGCAGUGGAGAAAUAAUUGAACGCGAUGGACGGCAAAUGAAAAUCUUUUAUGGAAUGAGUUCUGACACUGCCAUGGUUAAGCAUAGCGGUAAAAUGGCAGAGUAUAGAGCAUCCGAAGGUAAAUCAGUUGAAAUACCUUAUAGAGGAAAGGUAAAACAUACCAUUCAAGAUAUCUUAGGCGGUCUCAGAUCAGCAUGCACUUAUGUGGGAGCUUUGAAAUUAAAAGAGUUAUCGAAAAGAACAACUUUUAUUUGCGUAACGCAACAAGUUAAUAGUGUUUUUUCAUAAAAUUCUAUACUAAAAGUAGUUUCAUUUAAAUAAUUGUU